AUUGAUCUAAGUUUAUUAAUAUAUGAUCAAGCUAAAGUAUUAUUUAACGCAAUUCCUUGCGCAGAUUCAUUAAUAAUUUCAAUAAAUUUUAUAUAUAUUGAAAACUGGCAUUGUAGAGAAAACGUACAAAGGCAAAAUGUUUGUUUACCCUUCGAUCAGCUGAGAAGAAUACGAAGGUUCUCUAAUUUUUGGAGAAUUUCUGGCAAGGGAAACAUCCUAGUGGAUAUAUUUUGUGACCGAGGCGUGAUAUGCCAAGUAUGUAUGGUCCAAAUAGAUCACCGUUUGAUGAUUACAUUGAUUACUGGGGAGGCUAUGCUCGUCCCCCACAUCCUCCCCCACCCCCUCCUCUUCCUCAUGAUGAACCAGAUUUUCAUCCACCACCGCCUCUUCACUUCCGCCCAGUGAGGCCUCCUCCUCCUCCCCCUCCUGUUAGACAUCCACGUCCUCAGCACCAUCUUUAUCCUCCAGAAGACAGAAAAAAUUCGUCUGGUUCAUACCGUUCUCGAACAUCUGAAUAUGAUUCAAACCAACAAAACUAUAGACGAAGACAUAGUAAUGGUGGCCUUUCCCCUAGAAGACCAUAUGAUUACGAUCAUCAGCAAGAGGAUUCAUACGUAGAUUCUUCCAAUGAUGACCCACCAGAGCUCUUUGUUGGUAGUCCUUUAGUUCCAAGGCGCAAAGAGCCUGAACCUCGUCCAGCCUCUAAACCAGUACCAAACAAUAAAAGACCUAUACCAGUUGAGCUUGAUCCAAAUCUUCCCAAGGAACUUGUUGCCAAGCUUCACAAUAAUUGUUGUGAUUUAUGCGAUGUAAAGCUGAAUUCUCGAAUUCAGGCAAAGAACCAUUAUGAAGGAAAGCAGCACAGAAAAAAAGUGAAGAAUUACAUAAUUGAAAAGGCCCGGAAGGAGGACCAACCUCCAGAAAAAAUGCCCAAAAUUGAUUUAUCAACCCCCAAAAAGAAAGUGGAACCAUUAGAUGUUAGUCAGCUGCACUGCAAAUGUUGUGACUUAAGCUUUACUUCAGAGCAACAUGCACAACAACACUUCAUGGGACGCAAUCAUCAGCGUGUAUUACAUGGACUCAAGCCUCUGAAGGCAGGCUACUAUAAUAAAGAGACAGGAAAAUGGCAGAGAACACCUCCAGACCCAAGAGUGUCAGUGGAGAGAAUGGGCCUCAACCUGGAAUCUCCAUCUGAGGAUGAAACAGGAGAACGUACAGAAAAACCCUUUGACCUUGAUACUGUGAAAGAGAAGGGAAGGUUCUUCUGUGAGAUGUGUAAUGUAUCGGCUACAUCCCAAGACCAACUGGAUGGCCACAUGACUGGUCAGCGACACUUGAAGGCUUUGAGGCUGUCUGCAAAAAAAGCCAUAGUACCUUCAUCAGGACCAUGAAGUUGGCUCGUAGACUCGUGUCAAGAAGGCUAAAACAUUAAAAGUGUGCCGGCGACUUGCCCUGGUACCUUCUCUUACCACUGGCACCAUCUCCACAUUAUUUUUCUUGGUUUGUUUCAUUCAUUUCUAUUUGUUUACUGUAAAGAACUGAAGUGCCAGUUGUUUCUUUCUAGGCACAUAUAAUAUCUAUAAUAUACUAAUUAAAUUCUUUAUUUUGGCUUGAGUUCAUAAUUAUUGUUGGAGAAAUUUGUAAGGAAAAUGACACAUUAUUGUAAUAAGUUUUAAUAUAAUACAGUAGCACUUAAGAGUGAGAAAUAAGAAAUAGGAAUGUGAUGAAAAGGAAAAAUAAUAAUUUUUUUUUUUUGAAGAAUAAUACAAUACACAUAAAUGUAGACAAAUUGAUACUUAGAGUGAAAUUAAAAUUGUGACUAAUGAUUACAAACAAAUUUUCUUAAUGCAAUUGUGAAAGGAAAUAUUUUAAUAAAUGUAAUUUAUUUAAAUAUGUGAAUUAAAAAAUAGAAAAUGGGGUUGAAUAUUUUAUUUGCUUUAUUUGUUGGUCUCAGAUUUAAAUUUCUAUCAUUUUGUAAUAUUUAGUCACUAUAGAAUGUAAGUUAAACUACUAGUUGAUAAUUUUUUUGUCAUUUACUGAAGUUUGGAAAAAGUGCAUGACAUAUCUUAGAGAUAUUUCGGUGUUGUAAUGUAGCCUGAUUAUGAUAACAGUGUUGUUAUUACAGUACUGUUCAUUUGUUUAAAACUUAUACUGUAUAGCGAUUAAAAUUAAUGUACACUAUAUUGAAGCAUGAAUAGUUUUCUUUGUGCAUUUAAUUGUAAGAAUGUCAUUUUACUAUAGUAAUGUAAGGAGAAAUGCUUGAAAACAAUCAUGUCCAUGGCAAAUGAUUUAUUAUAUUUACGAAAAUGCUUUUUAAGAAUUUUUAAACAAAAUUUUGUAGUACGUGUGUAUAUUAAGAAUUAAGCCAUAGAUUGUUUAAGCUCUAGUUUAAUCAGGAACCUUAAGGACUUUGACAACACAGUAACUACCUAUAAAAUAUCUAACGAUAUUGGUUAAAAAUUGCCUUCUUACUGAAUUAAAGCUUAGAAGACAGAA